ACCGUGUAUUUGUCGAUUGACAGAUUGAAUGGCUCCGCAGGAGGGCCAUUAUCUCCGAAUAAUAUUAUCUCUGGUUAGUCGUUAAUUAAUUCAAUCGAAUUCUACUGCACUCCGUCAGCUUUGAAGUGGUAAAAAAAUCUUCACACAGUACUACUUCCAACUAAAUAUCAAUGUGUUAAAACGCCUGGGAAACACUUGUUUCCGUGUACCGGUUACGCCCUUCUGGGUGUAGAAAUUGUCGACUGAUUAACUGAUUAGUCAUACUAAUCAAGCGUUAAAUCAUCGUUCGAACCUUAGCACAAACAGACAAGUGUCAAACGCUGAACCCAAAAUCGAAUAAAAUGGACAGCGAAGGACGGAAAGUAAUCGUGUGUGAUAAUGGAACUGGGUUCGUCAAGUGCGGAUAUGCAGGCUCAAAUUUUCCAGCACAUAUAUUUCCCUCGAUGGUUGGGCGGCCUAUUAUAAGAGCCGUUAACAAGAUUGGUGACAUCGAAGUUAAGGAGGAAUUUUAUGUCCGAGACUUGAUGGUAGGCGACGAAGCGAGUAAACUUCGCUCAAUGCUCGAAGUUAGUUACCCUAUGGAAAAUGGAAUUGUCAGGAAUUGGGAAGACAUGUGCCACGUAUGGGAUUACACGUUUGGCAAAGAAAAAAUGAAUAUAAAUCCAAAAGAGUGCAAAAUAUUAUUGACAGAACCGCCAAUGAAUCCAACAAAAAAUCGUGAGAAAAUGAUACAGGUGAUGUUUGAAAAGUACGGAUUCGAUGGUACGUAUAUCGCUAUUCAGGCUGUUCUCACGCUCUACGCACAAGGCUUGCUCAGCGGAGUAGUUGUGGACUCUGGAGACGGUGUGACCCACAUUUGCCCAGUUUAUGAAGAAUUCGCCCUGCCCCAUCUGACGCGAAGAUUGGAUAUAGCUGGGCGUGAUAUUACUAGAUAUUUAAUAAAACUGUUAUUGUUGCGAGGCUAUGCCUUCAAUCACUCGGCUGAUUUUGAGACCGUGCGAAUGAUGAAAGAGAAGCUGUGUUAUAUUGGUUACAAUAUUGAAACAGAGCAAAGGUUAGCCCUCGAGACAACGGUCCUCGUGGAACCUUACACACUUCCAGAUGGUCGAGUUAUCAAAGUUGGCGGAGAACGAUUUGAGGCACCCGAAGCUCUUUUCCAACCGCAUCUAAUCAAUGUCGAAGGCCAAGGAAUAGCAGAACUUGUUUUCAACACUAUCCAAGCUGCAGACAUUGAUAUUCGAAGCGAACUUUACAAGCAUAUUGUUCUUAGCGGGGGUAGCACCAUGUAUCCUGGACUUCCAUCCCGGUUGGAACGUGAACUGAAACAACUCUACCUUGAACGAGUUCUCAAAAACGAUAUUGACAAAUUAUCGAAAUUUAAAAUCAGGAUUGAAGAUCCUCCAAGACGCAAGGACAUGGUGUUUAUCGGUGGUGCAGUGUUGGCGGAAGUCAUGAAAGACCGUGACUCCUUCUGGAUAACGAAGGAAGAAUAUGAAGAAAAGGGUCUUGGCGUACUAAACAAAUUGACUGCCCGUUCUAGUUAAAGAAAUAUUCAAUUAGAAUAAAAUAACAAAACGAAAUCUAAAUCGCAUGAGGUGAUCAUACGAUAAAAAUUUUCAUAAACGACACAAAGUGAAGGACUUUUGUAACUGGAACUGGUUACAAAGUAUCCCAUUCCACCUUGAAAAUGUGCUUGGAUAUUAUUACACAUCGUUUAAAAUUACUUAUUAAUACUAACUGUGUAUUUCGGCAAUGAAAGGUUCAAUAACAUUUUUAAAUUUUUGUCAAAAAAUCGAAUUUUCUUUUUUAUCAUUAUUAAAUAUGCCAGAUAGCGAUAAAACUCUAAAGAGUGAACUAAGUUCGAGGGUAUGAUCCGUUAUAAAUAAAAGAUAUCAUUCAUAUUAUUGCAAUUAGAUAUCAGUUCUAUGUUAUCAACGGUCAGUUUGAUAAGCAGUAUAAUUUCAUCGCAUAGAUAUAGAAAUUACGCAAUGCCUAAACAGGGCUUUUCGUGUCAACUAAGCCACUUUUGCUCGUAAAACAAAAAUUAACUGUCAAAAACUCAGUCUUCUUCUGGCACCUCAAUGCUGUAGGUUACGGCAAUACAGACAGACAUGAAUUUUUUUUUUUAAUAGAAAAUCAUGUUAAAGAUUUUAUGAAGUGUAUGAAAAAAUCUCCAUUUUGAAGGAAAAGAUAGUGUUACAGUUGUCGAGUUAAAAAAAAUCACUGACAAAAAGCAGUAAAUUGUGUAGUAAAUAUUGAUUAUGUAUGAAUCAUUCUAGAACUAUGAACCGUACUUUCGACAUAUACUUAAAAAUAUUUCCAACCAGGUGCAUUUAUAAAAUUCAUAAAGUAAAGAAAGAAAGAAAUAAAAAUUUCAUUUUUAGUGUAUAUUUUAGAAAAUAUCAUUAUUCUUAUUAAUCACACUACCAUUAUUCUCCAGAUAUCAUUUCAUUCUUGUACAUAUAUAGCCUAGGCUAGGCGAGACAGUUUUGUAUUUUGGAUCAGAACUUCAGCAAAAAUAAAUUUAUCUAUUGUAAAAG